GUCCAAUCUUUAAUUCUUGGUGCUACAGAAGCCUUGCCUAAAUACAAGCAGCGAACUCAGCAUCGCAAGAAUACCUACAUAAAUCGUCUUCUACUGACACCACUCACACAAGAGUCUGAGCUCGAGUCUUGCAGUCCGCAGGCAUCGCCUGCCCCACUUCAUUCAGCAUUAGUUGAACUCUUAGGAACAAAUUUCGAGCUUGGAUGCAGUGCACCCACCAGCUCACCUAUUCAUCCUCCCUCAUCGCUAGCCCAAUCAAACGGCACCAGUCGGCGUCAGUCUGAAUCACCUUCAUUGUCUCUGUCUCCAUUUGAAGCCGAGUCACAUGAACUAGUUGGCGUUUCUGGAAUGGAAACAGCUCCUGACUCCUCUUCAAUUGCCGCAAACUAUUGUCCCAUUUUGAGCCAUCGGCACUCCAGUCGCAUGGAUUCGGGCAUUGAAGAAGGCGACGAGGAACUUAUGAGCGAUUGCCCGAGUCUUGGUCGAUUCGCUAGUCGGCCAAUAGAGGUUCCACUGACUACUAAGCGUCUACCGCUUGCGACCGAUGAACUGAGCCACUGUAUUAAAAAGGCAGAAUUCGUUGAAGAGCGACAUCGCCAGCGUCUUGAGAGCGAGUACUGGCCCGAUAUCCUAGAAACAGAGGGAGAUCUAGAGGCAGCUAAGCUGACAUUUCCGUGA